GUGGCCCUCGAUGUCGUCUUGUUUCGAGUCUUGCUUUGUUGUACGGGUGUGCAUUGCUCCCCUGCUAGCCUCUCGUCGUGGGCGGUGUGUUGAGAGCUAGUGUUGUGACUCACGCAUUUCUGGUGAGCAUUCGUUCCGUUUUGUUGCCGGCUAAGUCAGUACACUGCCUUUCUGUCAUACAGUGAAGGGUUAACUUUUUUACGACAGUACAGGUGUGGAUAGAGAAGUCUUGAGUCAUUGUUUAUUUGUGUAUAGAAGUAGUAGACUAGCCAGCUGAUGUGUGUUCACACAGUGGUAUAAUAAUACAGGAGGAGAUGGACCGUAACUAUGACUGUCUGGUGAAGGUCCUGCUGUGUGGGGACAGUGGAGUGGGCAAGACCUGUCUCAUCUCCCAGUUCACUGAUGGACAAGUCAGAAAAUCCCACAUCACAACCAUUGGAAUUGACUUCAAGUUAAAGACACUCAAUGUGGAUGGGAAGAGACUAAGAAUGCAGAUCUGGGACACAGCAGGUCAGGAGAGGUUUGAGACACUCACAGCACAGUACUACAGAAGAGCACAGGGGAUAAUGUUGGUGUAUGACGUGACAAAAGAGAGAACGUUCACCAAUGUCUCCAAGUGGCUGAGAAAUAUAGAAGAGAAUGCAGUGGACAAUGUGAGGAUUGUGUUGGUAGGGAACAAGAUAGACCUGGAGAACCAGAGAGAGGUGUCUGAGAAGAGAGGGAAGAAGUUGGCUGACCAACAUGGUGUCCAGUUCUUUGAGACCAGUGCCUGGGCCAACAGACAUGUGACACAGCCAUUUGAUUCCCUGGCAUCACAGAUUAUGGAAGACAUGACUCAGAAAGUGCAGGUGGAACGGAACGGAACCAUCAAACUGGGCUAUGGCCAGAGCAUAAACGAUGUACGGCCAGCU